AAGAGAAGAAGAGGGUGUGUUAUUUAAAAGGGUGUGUUGCUGUUGUUUUGCUGUGAGUGUUUGAGACAACUCUACGAGAGACGUGAUCUGAGAAUCAAACCAACUUUACUACAUUGCUCAGGUCAGAUGAGUGUGGAGAUGCAGGACAGCAGCAAUGUGAUCAAGUUUCAGCAGUUGUGGGGAAGCUGGACCACCCAGUUUAACUACCUUUACGAUGACCCCAAGGUAGCACUUCUGAUGAAGACAAGAAUGGGACAGUACCUCAGCUGUCAUCCUUUCUUAGCUCUGACAGUGUUGGUGUUCAGCGUCAUGGCUGCACUGCCUGUUGGACUUUUCCUCACUUUUGCUCUUGUUACCAUUGUUAUCUCAGCAGUAGGAUUUGUUUUCUUUGAGGGGUUCCUGUUGUUUGUCGGAGGGUUGACUCUGCUGACCGUGCUCUCCGGCCUUGCCUUCUUCUCCGUCCUGGUUUCAUGCUUCUUUAAUGUUUUUUAUAUCAUCAUCUCUAAUAUCCACAACCACUAUAACCCACAUCUGAAAAAGGGAGGUAAAGUCCACGGGAAGGAGAAUGGGUGUGAAACUUCAUCAGCAAAGGAAACGCAGUAGCUUGUUUCUUCUUCUUCUAAAUCAGCACUACUGAACCUUGGUUGUUAGGAUUCAGGGAUACAGACCCUUGAAUGUAUGGCGACGGCUUGAAUCUGGGAUCUGCUGUUACAACAGAUUGUCUGAGCGCAAGACCUCCCCAAUGUUAUUAUAUUUCUAAAUAUUAUUGCUAACUUUACAUGAGGUAUCAUUAUUUAUUGUGCGAAAUUGUGCAAAAGCAUGGCACACCUAAUCUGUCAACUGCUUUCUUACAGGAGACAUAACUUAUUUAGGUAAAAUAAUGUAUUUCUGAAUAUGAGGGAUGGGAGUAUAAAUUAUUGGAACCAAAGAUUUACUUGAAGAAAAGUAGAAAAUGUUGACUCGAUGAACAUUACACUACAGUAUAUGACAGCAAGCCUGAAAAUGCCUGGUAUAUGUUGUGUAUGCACAUUAGGCAAUACAAAUGCACUACAACACAAAUGUUACGUUUAUAUUCGCUGUUACCUGAAAAGAAUGCAAUAUUGUUGAUUUGUAAUGCAGCUUUGAAUAAAAGCUCAUCUGGAUGAACAUUUGUUCUGGUCUGCUGCCCAAACAAUGAUCUUGGUUUUAAAAUGCAAGUGGAUCCAAUACAAUGUAUUCUUGGUGUUGGCUCAAUAUCUGCACAACUACUAACUGCAAAAAUAUGUUGUAUGGGACACGUCAUUUAUCAAUAUGGUAUAAUUACUUAAAUUUUUUCCUCAUGAGAGAAUAUCCCAUGUUUUACAGGAAAGUCUGGGGAAGAGUCGUCUAUCUUUAGUAUGUAUUUUGGUUGUCAGUUGGCCAACAAUAAUCUUUUAUUGUUGUAGAGUCACUUUAUUAUGGUUAGUAUGAUUUUAGCAUCUGUUUUAGUCUGCAUUUGCAUCUUUUUUUUCCUUCAGAACAAAAGGUUUUAUCAGCACAGAGGUGUAGGAUGAUAUAGUGUGGAGCAUGUUUAUAUCUGUUUUGUAUAUGCAGUACGUAUGUAUGCUGGGAUAAACACAUGUUGAGGCAAAGGAAUUUGAGUACUGAAUAUGGUUGUGUGUAUGAGUAUUGUCCCUGAUGUUUAGUUUUGCUGUUGCCUUAAAAAAAUAAAGUGAAAAACAAAAUGAACUUUUCUAAGCACCGAAUACUUAGUACAGACACAGUAAAACUGCUUCUUGUCUGUGCUUGCAUGGUUUCAAUAAUUACACAGUGACACUGAAGCGUGAUUCUCUUAAAAUCUUUAAUGGAGGUGAUAUCAUGCAAAAAAAAAAGACAAAAAGUUGAAACAAUCGUUUAGGAAUGGCUAAUUUGAAAAAGUUAAACAACAGGCCUUUAAACUGAACAGAAAUGCACCCAUUGAGCACCAUGAUCACCGAUUAUUGAGCAACUUAACUACUAAAUGUCAAAUCUGUUUAAUUUUUCACACCCCAGACAAACAGUUAACAACUGAAAUGUUACAACUGGUCAAAGCGUGAGAGGAUUCUCUUACCAAAUAUCUGCACACUUUUCAUCCCGGUGCAGGAAAUGUCAUCAUUAUUCAGUCAUUAUUGCUUUACUCUGACGUCAAUGAUUUCAACCAUCAGUUAACUGGCAAGCUAUUACUGAAAGGUGUUCAGGCUUUUGUUACUGGGGUGCAAUAGCAAAAGAACAAAGUUUGUGCUCUAUCUACAUCCAGAAUGUGAUGUAGCAUUAUGUUACAAUUGUAUGAAAUUUAUAUUGAAGCUGCAGAACAUUUUAGUUUCAUCAAAACAGUAUGCUGAGGAAAAAAAAAGAUCAGUAUACACAUGAAAAGGUUAAUUCCAAAUGAGAUACCUAACAUUUGAAAAUAUUGACAGCUGUGACAAAAUGAUUGUUGUAUUUUAUGAGUUACCUCUUAAACUCAAGAUGAAAUUAUAAAUCUUUUUUUUGAAGAGUCUAUUUUUAGAUGAGAGUAUGUUUAAAAUGUUGUCUUCAGCAAUUUUAUAAAGCAAUAUUUUUUAAAAAUUGAUGUACGUUGGCCUCUUUAAAUGUUUCCAAGAUAGGAUACAUGUAUUACAGUAUAUGCAUACAAUUAUCUAGACAAAAUUAAAUCCAAAAAGUAAAAAAAAAA